GAACUCGAUUGGCACAUCCUGGAGCUUCUCCCUCGCCCAUUGGCUGCGUUGGUCAUGGUAGGCGGUGUUUGUCGUAGCUGUAUCACGCUGUGACCUAAGGCACCGUGUCAGUCCUCUCUUCCGCCGUCAUGAACGGGGAGAGUUUUACCGCUGGAGAGCAGCUGGUCUCCCCGGCCUACGUCCGCCAGGGCCGGGAGGCGAGGCGCAGCCAUGAGCAGCUCAUAAGACUUUUGCUGGAGAAGGGGAAAUGUCCACAAGAAGCUUGGGAUGAAAGCACCAUUGAACUUUUUCUGCAGGAGUUGGCUGUGAUGGACAGCAAUAAUUUCCUUGGCAAUUGUGGUGUUGGAGAACGUGAGGGAAGAGUUGCGAGCAGCAUGGUCGCCCGUCGUCAUUAUCGACUCAUCCAUGGGAUCGGAAGAUCAGGAGACGUCGCUGCCGUACAACCCAAAGCUGCGGGCUCCAGUCUGUUGAAUAAGCUAACCAAUUCAGUGGUGCUGGAUGUUCUAAAAAUUGCAGGUGUGCGAGCCGCAACAAGCUGCUUUGUGGUCCCCAUGGCAACUGGGAUGAGCUUAACCCUGUGUUUCCUGACACUUCGGCAUAAAAGGCCAAAAGCAAAGUACAUCAUUUGGCCGCGAAUUGACCAGAAAUCUUGUUUCAAGUCGAUGAUCACUGCAGGUUUUGAGCCAGUAGUGAUUGAGAAUGUGCUGGAAGGAGAUGAGCUACGCACAGAUCUGAACAGUGUAGAAUCUCGAAUCCAGGAUCUUGGAGCAGAGAACAUCCUGUGUGUUCACUCCACCACAUCAUGCUUCGCUCCACGUGUGCCUGACAGGUUGGAAGAAUUGGCAGAGAUCUGUGCCAAGUAUGAUAUUCCACACAUUGUGAAUAAUGCCUACGGUGUUCAGUCUUCAAAGUGUAUGCAUCUUAUCCAGCAGGGAGCUCGGAAAGGAAGAAUAGAUGCUUUUGUGCAGAGCUUGGACAAGAAUUUCAUGGUUCCAGUAGGGGGAGCUGUUAUCGCUGGUUUCAGCAAUUCUUUUCUGGAGGAAAUUAGCAAAAUGUACCCAGGGAGAGCAUCUGCCUCUCCAUCUCUGGAUGUCCUAAUAACACUGCUGUCACUUGGUGCAAGUGGAUAUAAGAAUCUCUUGACAGAAAGGAAGGAAAUGUUUACAUAUCUCUCCAGUGAAUUGAAGGCACUUGCAGAAAAGCACAAUGAAUGCUUACUAGAUACGCCACACAAUCCAAUUUCACUAGCUAUGUCUUUGAAGAAUCUGAAUGAUGAGGGCGGGACAGCCAUCACUCAGUUGGGAUCUAUGCUUUUCACAAGACAGGUGUCUGGGGCAAGGGUGGUGCCGCUUUGUUCUUCACAGACCGUUAAUGGGUACGUUUUUAAGGGUUUCAUGUCUCACAGCAACAACUAUCCAUGCGCUUACCUGAACGCAGCGUCUGCCAUCGGCAUUAAAAAGCGAGAUGUUGACAUAUUCAUCAAAAGACUGGACAAGUGCCUAAGGCUGUGCAGGAAAGAGAAACAUUUAGGAGCUGAAACGGCGGGUGAUCUGCAGGCAACAAAGGAGGAUGUCGCGGAGUUAACACAGCAGCUCGCAGAAUCUUUACAAGUGGAAGCCGAGGAUCAGCCGCUAUUGACUUAACACGAUAAGGAUUAUUUAUAAGCUGAAGAACAUUUCUUUAAACUGCAAUGCAGUUGACUGUGCCCACGCUUGUACUUAAUCAUACAUACACAAAAUGCAGGGAAUAUUUAUGGUUGAAAUUGGUUUGCAGCCAAUAUAAUAAACCUGAGAUUUUUUUUUAUCAACACAUGCAGAAAUAUUUUAGACAUAUUUGCAACAAAUGUGACAUUGAACUUGCAACAUCUUUCCUCUUUUGUAAUCCACACACUGAUACUGGCCUGAGGUAUUUCUAAAGUGAACCUGUAGUUCUAUCCUAUUGGGCUCCCCCCCCCCCCCAUUCUUCUGUUAAAAGUAACAGGGGCCCCUUCCCCUGGCCAAAAGUUACUGAGGACAAAGAUUUAUCCGUUCCUUUUCUCUGUAGCCUCAGCUGAACAGAUGAAUGAAUAGGAAGUGCUCCAAGGCUUCCUGCUCAUUCACUAACUAGCAUAGUAAACAGCGUUUACUAUAUUUCAGAGUGACACAUGACAUGGACACAGGGUGAUUGGUAGCAAUCGCUCACUGUGUUAAUUCAGGAAUGGAAGGUAAAUUAUUUAUUUACGGCCCCUUCCCCCCCCCCCCCCCACACUCUCUAUACCAAAACACACACAUACACCCCCCCCCCCCCCCGUGUGCCUGCAGCAGCUGCCAGCAGGGGAGGAGGGAAGCCAUAAACUCUGCAGGGAAAAGGGGCACGUGGGAGCCCAGAUAGCAGAUGGAAGGGGGGCACGUGCUAGAACCAAUCCCUCUGCAGUGCAGCCGGAGGGAGAAAGAAGAGCAGAAGAUGGCAGUGUGCUGCAAAGGGAGGCAGAAGAGGAUUGGUGUCUGCUAUCGGACAGUACAGCUCACCCUCCUGCCGGGCCACCCUUUUGAACUGAUGGGGUCUGGUCCCAGUACAGGAGGGCUGGCUGUACUGCGUUAUCAGAGGCCCUGACACUCCUCUUUAACCAGACCUCUGCCGACUUAACAGCCCAACCAUUGGCUGUGAAAUGCCUGAACCACUACUGCCUGUUAAAAUUCUGGUAUUUGACAGCUGAAUGACAGUGGGUGAGGCUUAAUUCAACUUUAGCAGAAGCUGAUGCCCUACAUCUAGGUCCUAGGAUUUUUUUCCUCUUUUUUUUGCAUUGCACCGGGCAUCAGUGGAACACGGGUACAUCAUUUUCUGCCCAUACCUCCUGUAUGGGCUUUCAGUUGAAAAGCUGGAGAAAGUAUCAAUGAACUACAAGUACAGGACUUGUAGUAUAUUCAUUCACAGAUUUCUGUGAAAGGGCAGAUGUGCGGUUUGGAGACCCUGCGAACCCCUGCGCACAAGCAGGGAGUGCUUGGAAACAUGUUGCACCCUAAAUUCUGAUGUAACAUGUUUCUAAAGGCGUACUAAUACCUAGUACACAAUGAGAACAUCGGACAACUGUCCAUUAACCUGAUCAUCAUUACACCGCAGAGAGCAGAUUAAAAAUGUUUCCCGUACAGUACCAGAACAAAUGAUUUUUGUUUUAAUUAGUAUAGUAUUUGUACGAAAAAGAUUUGUGGGACUAAGACCAUGCAUGCGUGGAAACGAAAGAACACAAUACAUUACAUCACUUCCGAAGUUGUAUUCUGUCGUAUGAGAAUUUUUGUAACUUUAGUAACCUAUUGAUUUUCGAUAUGAGACUAACAUGCAAAAAAAAAAAAUGGAUGAUCAUUUGUCCGAUAUUUUUAUUGUGCAUACUAGGCAUUAGACUUUAAUUUUCACACUGUGUGAGACAAGUCAACUGUGGAUGAUAUAGCACUUAUAGGAAGCAUUCUGCAAUUGCUUUUGACCAAUUUUUUUUUUUUCAUCCAUUGCACAACUUUCACUGAUGACACCACCAAUGUAGCCAAGAUAUGUCUAUUGUCCUGAUAUACUCGUGAGAUGCUGAAAGAACGGUGUGCCUAGGCGCAGUCGCUUGUAAAGAUGUGCUCUGCUGCUUAAAAUUGGAACUUCUAAUUGGAAAUUAUUUCGUAAAGCAUGUUUGUUGGUUUGUUUUGUUUUGUUUUUUUUCCCCCCUUCCAAUGAUUUGCUUUCUCAUAUUAAAUGAUGUUGGGGUCCUUUUA